AUUAAUGAUUUGCAAAUAGCAUCUGAACAUCCUGACGAAGUCUUUGUAGAAGAGAUAUUACUAGCUCAUGAAACUUUAUCUACAGAUAAGUUUAAUGAUUUAAUUAAUAGAAUUGAAUAUGGAUUACUUGGAGGAAUUCAUGACCCCAAUUUUGCAGUUACAAUUAUUAAGGUCGUACUAAACACUUAUAUUUCAGAAAAUAUCACUGAAAUACAGAAAAAGUAUAUAAAUGAAUUAGUAAAUGAUAUAAAAAAUAAGAAACAAGAAUCUUUUGGAUUAUUUGAAGCAUUAAAAGAUAAUGAUUUUCAAGAACAAUUUUUGGCCUUUUCACAAUCAACCUAC